UUGACAAUUUGAUAAAAUCACCAAGAAAAGUAGUAUUACUCGUAAUUAUUACCAUGGAAUCGGAAGGGGUGACGCUGGUCAGGAACAGAAGCCCUACAGAACCAGUAGGGUUACUAAAAUGGGAUAAAUCUAGGCUGAAGUUGAUUGCGUGGUACGUCAUCGUGCAGUGUAUAAUAGUGUUCGCAGGGGUAGCAACAGUCCUCCACUGUGUCUGGAAGCCCGACGACGGAAAAUACGAGCUGGAGAUUCUCUCCCGCAUCAUGUAUUUAUACGACACCAACGCCUGCGGAAAAACCAGGUCGCUGAGGCAGAUCCAGGACUUGUCACUGAGCAAUGAGACGUUUGGGCUGAAUAUUAUACCGAUUAAGAAUAAGCAUGUGUCCUUGAAUGUGGUGGCUAAGUUGUCUGGGCAGACUAGGACAUACGUGAAAUUCAGUCUCAGUCUCCACGUUUUCUGGUUUCUCUCAGCUAUACUCCUAAGGUUGCUGAUCGGGAUCAAAAACAUGAAAUUGAUGAAGAUCGUCCUUAAGGUCUUCCGCUUUAUCACCAUGAGCACCGUCAUCUUUGACGUGUGCAUGGCGAUUGUGUAUAUCGCGGAUAUACAGCAGAGCUUGACUAAAGCUAUGAUUAUAAGGCACAGCGGUUGGGGCAUGACUCCUCGCCAGAUCAACAAUCCAGAUGAAUUCGGCGGCUGGGUACCGAUCAUGGCGGCCACUGCGUGGUUGCGUUGCGGCAUAUUCUUCUUCUUCAACCUUUACCUCGUCAGAUUCGUUAAGCAAGUAAUGCAAAAGAUCCGAGGCAAGGAGGUGAAGAGCCGAAUCAGCAAACUGUGCAACGUGCCGUUUCCAGAUGCUGACUACAAUCAGAAAACAAACGAAAACUCCUUGCAUUAUAGGGCGGGGGGAUAUAACAAGUUUUAAUCUAGAUAGAGUAAGCCAGUAAGGGUUACACCAACCGUCUGAUGUCAGUUUGUGGUUGGUGCAACUAGUCCUAACAUUUUACAGCGUACGCCAUAACAAGUACAUACAUUUUAAUCCAUUUCUUUGUGCAAAGUUGUGUUAGGUGUAUCCGUAUCUGUGCUUAUUUUUAUUCUUUAUUUUAAGAAAGAAGUAGAAUUUGUU